UGAUAUAAAGAUGAGUCGUUUUGAAUCUUACCCAACGAAGAGCCAAUACAUUGGGUGAAUGAUCCAAGAUUUAAAAGUCCAACUCCAAUCGGUUGGAUUUUGAAAAUUUAGGGCUGUGAGUCUGACUUGUACGUAGAAGAGAAUUCCUUUUGAAUCUUACCAAAAAAAUAAAAUAAAAAACACUUGUGAAUAAUUAGAUCCUUAAAUUAAAUUGGGCCAGAUCCGAGGACUUCUUUUAAAACCCGGCCCAUUGAGACUCCUGCAUGCCACCUCACCCCCACCAGCCCUAAAAACCCACACCGAUCCCUAAAUAAACAUAAACUCCGCUGCACCUCUCCCUCCGACAGUGAAACCAAAACACCCCCUUCAUUUUAACUUCUUUUUAAAACUAAAUUAUUUUUAUCAAAAUCUCAAAACAAAAAUUAAAAUGCCAACAAAUCACUCUUCUAAUUCCUCAACUUCACCUCUCUAAUUUGAAUUCAUAAACCACCGCUUCAAAUAAUACAAAACCAAUUUGGCGCUCUUAUGGCAGCAACAGCCCCUUCGCCCUCGCCAGCCCUAAGCAGCACCAGCUCCGGCGCCACUCCUUCCACCGCUGCGACCACCGCCACCGCGGCCGUGCCUGCCGUCGCUCCGUUCCAGACGGUGCACCGUACGGACACGCCACCCAAGACCCUUCGCGGGCUUAACAAGCCCAAGUGUAAACAGUGCGGCAAUGUCGCUCGUUCCCGGUGUCCAUACGAGUCAUGCAAGAGUUGCUGCUCAAAAGCUCAAAAUCCAUGUCAUAUUCAUGUUUUGAAAUCAAAUGCAACAUUUCCAGACAAGGCACCAACAUCAAGCUCUCCUCUAUUUGACCAUCAAUCAAUUGAGGCAUCACCAUCAGGGAAUUCACAUCGAGUUGCAUCACUCCGGCAACUUUCGAACAAUUUUGCUCAAUUCAAUAAUGUGCAUCUUCCCCUUCGUUCUAGGAAGCCUUUGACCAAAAAGGAUGCCGUAGCUAUUAAUGAGUGGAGAUUUUCCAAGUUAAAGGAAUACAAGGACAGAAACAUCGAAGUGGAAAAUGAAGCUUUUGAUCGAUACACGCAGAAUGUCACCCUAUUAGAGGAAGUGUUUUCUGUGAAAUCUAUCAUGGAGGAGUCCAUUGGGGAUGAAGCUGAACUCAAAUCCAUAUCAACCGAUAAUAGUACUACUGCUACUACAGAAGAAGACACUGAGGCUAUGGUCUCAGGGUUGAAGUUGAAGUUGAGAUCAAAUCCAAUGAGAACCAAUAACUUCAGAAAGAGGAUACAGCAAGUUGUUGACGAGGGAUUAAAGAAACUUAAAAAACGUGAGUUAGAUGAUGGGGAGAAGGAACCAAUUGUGGGAACUGGAUUGGAUCCGGGGCCCAAAGAAGGGGAAAAAUGGCAGGCCGAAAGGGCUUCUGCUCUAGGCGAUCUCAUUGAUAAGCUGAACAAGGCCCGAAAUGAGGAGGAUCUGAAGUUGUGCUUGGAGAUGAAAUCUCAGCUCUUCAAGGAACAUAAAUUGACUAGUACAUCAGAAUCUGAAGAGAAACAGGCUACAAAGAAUGAUUUGGAACCCCGAAAAGAGUCGAAUUAUUCAUUUCCUAAAGUCGUUAGCACUACCGAAAUCGAUCAAGAAACUCUCAAUAUCGUCUACACUCACUUCUCUUCCCUUGAGCAUAUACAAGGUUUAUGAUUAAAGACUUAGAGGUAAGAUUUUGUCGUAGGAUUUGGACUUAAUAGUCAAUUUAGAGGAUCUAUGAUUUGAGGGAGGUGCCAUAGAUUAAUGUAGUUUCUUCCUAGAGUUUCCUUUCUAGUCAAUAAUAAAUCAAGGGAUGCUUAGAAGUUGCUUCAAAUUGACAUUUUCAAUUUGGAUGCAACAAUGGUAACUGAUUUUUCUUGUUUUAAUGUAGCAAUGCAAAUUGCAUGAAGGCAAUGACCCUUUGGGUAGGCUAAUGAUUCUUCAUCUUGAUAGCUGUUUUUUGUAAUAUAUUGAGUGUAGGCAAAAGCAUUUUUCCUUUUCAAACAAAUAAACCAAUGCUUAUUGUUGGGAU